AUGAACAAGUUCUGGGCCAAAAACAACAAAUUGAACCGACCCAUGUCGCCACAUAUCACUAUCUAUCAGUAAGUUGUCUACGUGUGUAAUAAUGAAUAAACUCACAGUGCAUCUCAGCAAUGGCCGUGUGUAAAAUUUCAGUUGUGAAGGGUGCUUGUCUGAGUUGCUUUCUUCUCCGUAAGCCGUCUCGGAGAUAACUCCAAUAGAAUGACAAUACACACAGCUUUGAUUCAGUGCAUUGUGACAUUGUUUAUGGAUCAGGGGAGCAAGUACCUUUUAAACCACAAAACAACCACUCAGGCACUCCUCGCAAGAUAAUUAACUCAUUAUUAGGGGUGUAACGGUUCACCAAACCCACGAUUCUGUACUAAUUUGGGUUAAGGUUCGGUUUCGGUACAGCGGGAAAAUUAAAUGGCAACUGUUAAUGUGGUUAAUUUUUGAUUUGACAAAAAUGUAUUUCUUCAUAUACACUUUUUUUAUGUAUUCAUUCGGGUUCACAGUUCAGACAGAACCGAGGUCCCCGUACCGAACGGUUCGGUACGAAUACGUGUACCGUUACACCCCCUACUCAUUAUGUAAUGAGCUUUUAUUGAUUUUGCUGUAAACAAUGGAUAUGUAUUAGAUUUAAAUAUCGGGUCACGUGGCCAGGUAAAACGCAAGAGACCUAACUUUAGGUAUUGACAGGGUUUAUAUCCAGUGUGAACUACAAAUGCUGUGUUUGUAUACUGUGUGUGUGUGACAGCCGUGUGUUGUCAUGGUACCCUGUGCCUUGCAGGUGGUCGAUGCCUAUGAUGAUGUCCAUCACACACAGAGGCACAGGAGUGGGACUCAGCGGAGGUAAUAUUAAUAUAUAAACCUUUUACAGUACACUCCAGGGUGAAGUUUUCCCUUAACCAUUAUAGGGGGAAAUACAAAACUGACCCAAGAUCAACGUCUGGUGUCAACUUCACCCUACUCCUUUACAGUACAUGGAAAGGACCACAAGAUCACGGUCCUAAAAACAUAAUGUUGUUCUCUCUCGCUCUCCUCUCCUCUCUCUCUCUCUCUCUCUCUCUCUCUCUCUCUCUCUCUCUCUCUCUCUCUCGCUCUCCUCUCUCACUUGCUCUCUCUCUCUCAUCUCUCUCUCUGCUCUCUCUAUAUCUCUCUCGUGCUCUCUCUCUCUCUCUCACUCGUGCUCUCUCUCUCUCUCUCUCUCGUGCUCUCGCUCUCUCUCGUGCUCUUUCUCUCGCUCUCCUCUCUCACUUGCUCUCUCUCUUCUCUCUCUCUCUCUCUCUCUCUCUCUCUCUCUCUCUCUCUCUCUCUCUCUCGUGCUCUCUCUCUCUCAUGCUCUCUCUCUCUCUCUCGUGCUCUUUCUCUCUUUCUUCUCUCUCUUCUCUCCUCUCUCUCUCGUGCGCUCUCUCUCUCUCUCUCUCCCCUCUCUCGCUCUCUCUCUCAGGUAUCUCGGCGUUUGCUCUCUUAGCGUUGGUGUUGCCAGGUAACUACCCAUACUACCUUGACCUGAUCCACUCCCUGUCCAUUGGCCCUGCUCUACUCGGCCUAGCUAAGUUUGGCAUUGCCUUCCCUGUGUCCUACCACACCUUGAACGGAAUCCGCCAUCUGGUAAGUAAAAUGUGUCCACAGCGCACAACAACACUAGGUCAUCGCCUUAAAACUAAUAUACUGGAAUGUUAGUCCUUGUUUUUGUCUGUCCUUUAAUAUAUCCUGCUUUUCUUUCGCUCUCUCUCUCUCUCUCAGUUCUGGGAUAGCGGUACGGGCUUUAAGAUUCCUGAGGUGUACCGCUCGGGCUAUGUGGUCAUCGCGCUGUCAAUACUGACCUCCAUUGCUGCCAUUGCAUACAUGUGA